AUGAUUGACAAAAUUUGUGUGCACGAGGCGCCGGUGACCACUCAAACGCCGCCCGUUUCAAUUUCGACGCCGAACCCGAAACGCGAAGAGAAGAGCUACGCGGCGCUAAGCUUGAUUGGGCCAUCUAGGAGAAAUGACUUUCUUCGCUUCGGAAGAGCGUCAGGAGCCGAGAGAGUUGGUGAACCUCAGGAUGAGAUAAAAUAUGGAUCGUAUGGUGGAGAUGCUGAUAUUUUGUAUUAA